AUGUCAGCUAACCAGCAUCAAGUCCAACAUGCCGCAAGGUCUCUGGUCUGCGACCGAUGCUGGCAUGAUUUCUUUGACACAACAGACUUCCAGCUGGUUUGUUUGGGUUAUGGUCCGUCGAUCCAUAUUUACUCUCGCGCCCGACAGAUAGCAUCUAUGCGGCAAAUCAACGAGUCUGUCGCGAAAGGCUGCAAUUGGUGCAGGUUUAUUCAGACUUUCAUUAAGAGAGCACAAAAAUCGAAAGAAAAUGAUGGUCUGCUCGAGGUCUCCCUAACUCCUAGGCGCAGCGCUAGCACACCAAAGGGAAACAACACCUUUUACCUGAACAUAAAAGCCGAGCAACACAGAUUGGAAUGGUUUGAUUCUUUUCUCAUCACGAUUCAUGCUUUCACCGAUGAGAUGGACAUGGCUGCUGCUUUUGUUACCGCGCGAAAAGUCCAAACAGACAUCAACUCGGAUCAUGCUCAUCAGCAGAUCAAAUGCUGGCUAGAGGAAUGUGGGAGUCACGAAUGUUGCGUUCAGCAGCCUGGUAGUACCCUUCCAAAGCGAGUUGUAGAAGUUGCACCAGAAAAGUGUCCUGAUACACCUCGACUGCUCAUUACGGAGGGGCAAAAGGGCAGAUAUGCCACACUUUCAUACUGCUGGGGUGUGGAACCAUAUGGGCUGUUGAGUAUGUCAAACAUAUGCACAUACACGCAGGGUUUGGACGUGGAAGCAUUACCUCAAACUUUUCAAGAUGCUAUCGCAGUGGCAAAGACACUACGUAUUCCGUAUCUUUGGAUAGACGCACUUUGUAUCAUUCAGGACUCUAGGGAAGACAAAAUGCAAGAAAUCUCGGUGAUGGAACGCAUAUAUCGAGAAUCUUUUCUCACAGUCGUUGCCGCCAGUUCUGCAAAUACCACAGAUGGGUUUUUGCAACCCAGACCACCUCCUUGGAAAUCAUACACCAUUCCGUUCCGCCUGGCCGGGGACCGCUUCGGGAGCAUGUCUAUACAAGAAUUUGAAUUUGUUGAAUAUGACGAAAGGUCAGAGCCUAUCAACAAACGGGCUUGGACGCUACAGGAGCAAAUCAUCCCAAAUCGGUGUCUCAUAUAUGCCUCACAUACGUUGCAGUGGCGCUGUGAUGCUGGUGUGAAAAAUCUAGGAAACUCCCUUCAUUAUACUUCGUCUUUCGAACAUGGCAAGUACUGCGAAACCAUUUCCUUUCUGCGUAGACCAGCCGCAAAACGCGAAGAUCAGUUCACAAGGUGGUUAAGAAUCGUCCACAUUUAUGCGGCUCGUAGGGCGUCUCUUGUCACCGACAAGUUGACGGCGCUGGCAGGAAUUACGAAAGAAUUUUCCGAUACGUUAGGUCCUCGAUAUUAUGCUGGUCUAUGGGAGUACUCGCUGUUGCCGCAACUUACCUGGAGGACGUUGCCUCGGAGUUAUCAUUCCAAGCUUUCAUGUACCCGACCCAUUACAUACAGGGCGCCUUCGUGGUCAUGGGCCUCUAUCGAAGGUCGCGUAUGGUUUCCCUACGACAUAUUCAGGGAAGACGCAUCAGACAAAUUAUACAGAUGCAGCUUGAUUCAUUGUGAAACAAUGGUCAAGUCGGCGACUUCACCCUUCGGCGAGGUUGUGGCUGCAUCGUUGAAGAUCAAAGCAGUCUUGCGACAGGCCUGGCUGAUUCCAUCGAGGGAGGCCGUCCUGUGGCUCGCCGAGGACAACCCAUCACUGGCAGCAGCAGAGACACUGCACUUGGCCAAUUUCAGACAAGACAACCCUGAACACGCUCAUGACCUGCAGUAUGCAUCUGAAGGGGUUUCAGGUAUGGAGGGUAAGUAUGACGUUUCAGGGGAUUGGCCUCCAGCGUUGGUUUUCUGUCUGCCAGUCCUCACGUGGGGAUCCAAAAUUCAUGGUCUUCUCCUUGCACCGGCUGAUCGUGGUACAUUCAGGCGAGUGGGGUCGUUCGACUGGGGGGAAGCUGCUGGCUUCGAUCAUCUCCAGCGGGUGGAGAUUAUGAUUGUUUGA